AUGAGAUCAAUCCAGAUCCUUGGCUUCAAGUGUUUUUCAGACUAUAUCGCUCAGCUUAGCUCAAUAUCUCCUCCCAUCGUGAACUUUCUCGUGCCCUCGUCACCAACCCUGUGGGACCGAAUCACUGCACCACCCGACAUUUACACCCUCUGUCUUACCCACUCUAUUCAUCAGACUACCACGGUCACAAAACACGACUCCCUUCUAGACUCCCGCAGCUGCCUCACCGCCUCCUCGGCGGUGAUCGGUCCAAACGGCCAUCCAUAG